UCUCUAGAAUCUCACUUCUUCCUCGUCUUCGCUUGAUCUCCAGGAAGAGCAAGAAGCCCUAGACUCCUUCGACGACUGGAUCUCCCUAUUCGCUUCUUCUUCCAUCUGUCGCGCGCCUGCCCUCGGCGUACGUCUGUCUCCAUGCUAGAUCCAACAGCGCUUUAGGUGAUUCCUUCGAACGGAAAAACAGCCAAUGUGGUUUCUUGGUGACGGUCUUUCACUAUUCGACAUGAAUUAGCAGCAGCGCCGGAUGACUACUCUUACGCGUUCUCUCAAAAAAUUGGAACUAGUAUAGUAAAAGCUGCAAGUUUUGAGUUCUUGCAUGAGCUGGAUAUGUUAACGUUGUGAUUCCUAUUUUAUUUAAUGGGAUUGAACCCAUUUUGUUCCCCUGCUAGUUGUGAUUCUUAUUAUUUAUCAUGUUUGCCAUAGAAGUGGGUUUAGUUUAUGGAAGGAUUUUGUAUACUUUCCAGUUUGCAUCCCAACUUCAUUUUCUUUGUCGCACUGCCUCAUCUGUGUAUGACGGAUAGAAGAUAGAAGUUGUAUCUUGGCUGAUUUUAUACAAGAAUCCUUAUUUACUAGGCAUUCAAGAUGGGGCCAAUCAUAUUCCAAAUUUUUUGUAAAAGAGACUCAAGCCUUAGUUGUGGAUUCACAAUAUUCACUGAAAAUACAAGUGCAAGUUCUUGAAUCCAGUGAUCCUAUAUUUAAACUAUAAAUUGUUUUCAAAUUGUCUCUCUAGUUGUAGCAAAACCCGAAACACCCCUCACAACCCGUCCUAGGUUAUGUGAAGGGAGGUAAAUUACAGGGUCAGCUUAUAGCCGACCGCCAAGUGGCUAGGGGGUGGGAGGAGUUUUUCCCCGAGGCCAUGCGCUCGUCGGGAAUUGAUUACUGCUCCAUUGUAGCAAAUCUACCACCCACCAGCGAACUGGGCACCCCCAUGGGGACUCAAAUUCUCUCUCUAAGUACUUUAUUGAUGUCGCACGGUUAAUCUACACUUCUUAUGACAUUAUUUAUAUACACUUCCCAAUGUUAAAUCAGUUGUGUGUAAAAACCAGGAUGUGAUUUGCAGAUCAGAUAAAACAUUUGCUUAGGAAUGAACUUGCAAAAAACUGUGACUUGAGAUGAAAUUGACUGGUUGGAUAAAGGUUCAAGAAAACAACUCCUCAUUUUCUGAAUUUUUCUGUAUUUAUCAUUUUACUUGUGCUUCCUAUUUAUUGUUUGCAUUCAUGUACUCUGUUUGCCCCUUUGAUAUUAUGUCAAAUAUCUAGACCUAAGUGAAUAACAUUUUUGGACAUUAUAUAGCAAUAGAGGCCAUCUGAAAACUGUUUAUGUUAGAUGCUAGUGGAGGCUAUUACUCCUAAUAAUUUUGCGUUUUAAGGUUGGGGCCUCCCUGUAUAACUGUAACCAGAGACUAAGUCUUUUCCUGUUGCUAUCACAUCAGGCCUUGCCAAUUUCUUUGUUUAUACUCUUCUCUAAAAGAGGAAAGAAUUACUUGCAGGUCUUUUCGAGCUUUUGAUAUGAUCCACCAAAUUGAUCUACUUGUUGAUGUCUGGUUAUGAGUGGAUCGCCAUCAAGAUGCAGUUGACAAUAUCUAAUGAUAGUCAAGAAGUAUCUGAUACUGAGCCAAUUCUUCCAAAGUCAGUUGCUACAUUUGGCUCUGAGUCACCAUCUUCAAGUGAAAUUAGGGUUGUGGCUACUGAGUGUGACCUGGAUGAUAUUGAUGAUGAGCGAUGUAAUCUGGUCAAUCAAGAUUGUCCACAAUGCAGAAUUUGCCUUGAUACAGGAGGAGAUGACUUGAUUGCGCCUUGCUAUUGCAGGGGAACACAGAAGUAUGUUCAUCGAUCUUGUCUUGACAAUUGGAGAUCAACAAAGGAGGGCUUUGCGUUUGCACACUGCACAGAGUGCAGAGCUGCUUUCUUACUGCGAGCAAAUGUGCCUCCAGAUCGGUGGUGGCUUAGAUUGAAAUUUCAACUCCUUGUAGCCAGGGACCAUGUUCUUAUAUUUUUUAUUGUGCAACUGGUUGUCGCUGUCUUGGGUAUGUUGGUGUACAGAUUUUAUGGUGAAGAAUUGCGAGAAAUGUUUGGGUAUGAAGAACAUCCUUAUGGUUUUUACACAAUGGCGAUAUUGGCUGUAAUUCUGGUGGGCUUGCUAUAUGGCUUCUUCAUUGCUAUAAUUUGUGGACAGAGAAUUAAUGAGAGGCAUUACCAUGUUCUUGCAAAACAGGAGCUGACAAAGGAGUACGUGGUGGAAAGUCGAGAUGAAAAUAAGAAUGUGCCUGAACUUGAUCCUAGUCAUGUUACUGAGUUGCAAAUGCUGGGGCUAUAUUGAGACGGUCUAAAUUCCUCAAGUACGUGGCUUCUGGUAGAAAAACUUGCAGUAAAAUGUUUCUGAUCAGCAAUGACAAUUGUUUCCCAGUAUUCCCAUGUCAUUGUCUCGCUCUCUCUCUCUCUCUCUUAACAUGCAGUACUUUUUCCUUCUUUUGCUGAGAAUUCACGCGGCAUCAAUUUGAGAUUAGAUAACUUAAGAUUAGGAAAGCUUCUCUUGCAUGGAUCAAAUCUUUUCAGACCACACAAUUCAAUUGCCCCUUCUCUCUUUCUUCAAAGCUGAUUUACAUCAACACUUAGCCCCAAGCAAUACCCUUGUGUCACGAUCUCCAAACUGCAUGUCUUCAUUUUGAUCCUUCCCGAGCUGAUACUUGUGUAUCAGGUUUGCUAUAUUUCACUGCUAGGUUAUCCAUUGGCUAUAUUUUGUCUUCUGCUAUUGGAAUAAUCCUUCUGGGUUUAAUCAACGACACUGCUAGAGGAGGCAAAGCGAGCUGCACACGCAUAGCCACAAGAACUGAGGGAAGUAAAGAUGGAUUAGUCUUCUCAGCUUCAGUAAGCGAUUGAGUUAACCAUAGAGAGCUUUAAAGUUGAAGGCAAGUUCACUUCUUUUUUUUUCUUUUUCUUUUUUGUUAUAUUCUUCUUUUUACUACAUGAUUGAGCAAUUGUUUAAGCGUAACUAUCUGAUUCUUUGUGUAUGUACAAUUUAAGAACAUUCCACAGCCAUUAUUUUUUUGUUGACUUUGCAACA